GAGCUGUGCCAGGCCAUGUUCUCCAAAAUGGCCACGUCCCUGACAGGCGAGCUGACGGCUACCAGUGAAGACUAUAAACUUCUGGAAAAUAUGAACAAACUGACUAGCUUGAAGUACCUAGAAAUGAAAAAUUUUGCAGUAAACAUAAGUAGAAACCUAAAGGACUUAAACCAGAAAUAUGCAGCACUUCAGCCUUAUCUGGAUCAGAUCACUUUAAUUGAGGAGCAAGUAGCAGCUCUUGAUCAGGCAGCCUACAAGUUGGAUGCAUAUUCAAAGAAACUAGAAGCAAAGUACAAGAAGUUAGAGAGGCGAUGAACGCUUCUCCAGCACAAAGACGGACUCCAGGAAUGACUGUG